CACCAUCCUCAUUCGAAAUGGUAACUGAGUGUAAGUAAGGUAUCUCGGGCGAGUUCGGCUCUGCACAGCCACAGUGGUGGUCAGAUGUCACUAGCCACACUCAUGAGAGGCUGCUCUUUCCCCUGGUUGGCAAUGGAUGGGAGCGGUUAGAAUGUCCCGUCCCGCCCGUAGGUCGCCUCGCUUGGUGGUCGUGUGGCAUGGUAGGCAGGUACCGUUUAGGUACGUCCCUGCCACUGUAACUCGCCAAACUUUCCUGUCACGUCUUCCACCAGCUGUCCGUUUGAAGCUGAAGAUACCUUCUCCAAACCUCCAUUUUCCCCACGAAAAUCAUAGCAAAAUCCUCCUUUUUCUCUUCUCCUCCCCUCCACCCUACGUCGAUCUCUCGCUAUCAUCAUCACGACCCCUCCGACGGCCCGUCUGGUGCCUUUCCCCUCUAUUCAUCAGCUGCGCCGUUCAAUCCCAAGCCAGCACCUUAACUCACUUGGCGGUACUCCUUUCAACCCCGCCAUAUCCUGUCAACAUCAUCGCCUUGCCGCCAACACCUGCGAUCUCGACUCCUCGCUCUUCGAUCGGCCGACGAUACCUUGCCGCAAAAUACCCUCAUUCGCCGACCUUCAGUACAGGAAAUAUAGCACGGGCGCCCGAGUUGUUGCGAGUCUUUCGAGAUGCCAUCACCCACGACAUCUCUGAGCUCGAAGGAUGCGCCAUCGCUGUUGAUGCAACCUAUUACCUGAGCCAGCUUCUCGAGACCCCUCCUGCCCAUGAACCUCUGUUGUCAGCUCUCGGCGGCCUUACUGGGGUCGAAGCACACAUAAACCAGAACCUCGAUCUCUGGGCAAAGUCUGAAAUUGUCCCUUUCUUCGUUUUCGAUGGCCAGCCCGUAACUGGCCAGGAUGACAUCACUCUGGACCGUGGCCUCAAGGCCAACAAGAAGACAGAUGAGGCCUGGAACUUGUACUCUCAGGGGGCCGCUGAGGAGGCGGUGACGACCUUCGGUACUAGCCCAGGUUGGUGAACAUCGGCUCUCAAUUUCAGGAAUCGACCUAACGUGAGGUCUUGAUAGGUGCCUUUCGCAUUCAAAAUCUUUACCCAUUGCUUCAAACGAUUCUGAAGAACCGUGGGCUUCACUUCUUGGUUGCGCCCUACACUGCGUGCGCCCAGGUGC